GCGAGUCAGGUCUCCGGAGGUGACGCUUGUAGGUGACGAAGCGGUGGCGCUCGUAGAUGACGUACAGCGCGCCAAGAUUUUUGGAAUUCUGCGUGGACCGAAUUACAGACCUAAUUCAUUGCCAGAAAGCCAUCUGCGGAGAUGGCCCCGGUCCUUCACUUUUACGUCCGUCCCUCUGGCCACGAGGGGGCAGCCUCUGGACGCGCUCUUCGGAAACUGCAAGAGAAACUGCCAAAGCUUCAGAGUGUGGAGACUGAGCUGUGCUAUAAUGUGCACUGGGCAGCUGAGACCCUUCCAGGGGCAGAGGAGAUGAAGAAGUUGAAGUGGCUGUUUGGCUGCCCAUUGUUGCUGGAUGACGUUGCUCAGGAAUCCUGGCUUGUUCCUGGCUCUAAUGACUUGUUGCUGGAGGUGGGACCCAGGCUGAACUUCUCUACUCCGGCAUCCAGCAACAUUGUUUCUGUGUGCCAGGCCUCUGGGCUGAGAGCUGUGGAUCGGGUAGAGACCACCCGGCGCUACCGGCUUUCGUUUGCCCACCACCCUACGGCCGAGAUGCAAGCCAUUUCUCUGGCUGCCUUGCAUGACCGGAUGACGGAGCAGCACUACCCUGACCCUAUCCAGAGCUUCUCUCCUCAGAGCAUCCCAGCCCCACUCAGCGGCUCCAUCGACAUAUUAGCUGAGGGUCGGCUUGCCCUGGAGAAGGCCAACCACGAUCUAGGGCUGGCCCUGGACUCCUGGGACCUGGAUUUCUACACUAAGCGCUUCCAAGAACUGCAGCGGAACCCCAGUACCGUGGAGGCCUUUGACUUGGCUCAGUCCAACAGUGAGCACAGCCGACACUGGUUCUUCAAAGGCCAGCUCCAUGUGGAUGGGAAGAAGCUAGCACAUUCUCUGUUUGAGUCCAUCAUGAGCACCCAGGCAUGCUCAAACCCUAACAAUGUCCUCAAGUUCUGUGACAACAGCAGUGCAAUCCAGGGGAAGGAAGUCCAAUUCUUAAAGCCUGAGGACCCUACACAACCAAGCUGCUUCCGGCAACAGCAGGGGCUUAGACAUGUUGUCUUCACAGCGGAGACACAUAACUUCCCCACAGGAGUGGCCCCCUUCAGCGGUGCAACUACAGGCACAGGUGGCCGCAUCCGAGAUGUCCAGUGCACAGGUCGCGGGGCCCACGUGGUAGCCGGCACUGCUGGCUAUUGCUUUGGAAACCUGCACAUCCCAGGUUAUAAUCUGCCCUGGGAGGAUCCAAGCUUCCAGUAUCCUGGGAACUUUGCCAGGCCUUUAGAAGUUGCUAUUGAGGCCAGUAAUGGAGCGUCUGACUAUGGCAACAAGUUUGGAGAACCCGUGCUGGCUGGAUUUGCCCGCUCUUUGGGACUCCAGCUGCCAGGUGGUCAGCGGCGUGAGUGGAUCAAGCCCAUCAUGUUUAGCGGGGGCAUUGGGUCUAUGGAAGCCAAACAUGUGGGCAAAGAACCCCCAGAGCCAGGCAUGGAGGUUGUAAAGGUUGGGGGUCCCGUCUACAGGAUUGGAGUUGGGGGUGGAGCUGCUUCAUCUGUGCAGGUUCAGGGAGACAACACCAGUGACCUGGACUUCGGUGCUGUGCAACGGGGAGAUCCAGAAAUGGAGCAGAAGAUGAAUCGUGUAAUCCGGGCUUGUGUGGAGGCCCCAGGAGGAAACCCCAUCUGCAGCCUCCAUGACCAGGGUGCUGGUGGCAAUGGCAAUGUCCUCAAGGAGCUGAGUGACCCAGCAGGAGCCAUCAUUUAUACCAGCCGCUUCCAGCUGGGUGACCCCACGUUGAAUGCACUGGAAAUCUGGGGGGCCGAGUACCAGGAGUCAAAUGCGCUUUUGCUGAGGCCCUCUGACCGGGACUUCCUGAAUCGUGUCAGUGCCCGGGAACGCUGCCCAGUUUGUUUCGUGGGCACAAUCACUGGAGACAAGAGAAUCACGCUAGUGGAUGAUCGUGAGUGUCCCGUGGGAAGAGAUGGCCAGGGAGAUACCUCACUAACACCUCCAACCCCUGUGAACCUGGAGCUUGAGUGGGUUCUGGGAAAGAUGCCUCAGAAGGAGUUCCUCCUCCAGAGGGAGCCCCCUGUGCCGCAGCCUCUGGUCCUGCCCCCGGAUCUGAGUGUGCGCCAGGCUCUAGAACGCGUUCUAAGGCUGCCUGCUGUGGCCAGCAAGCGCUACCUCACCAACAAGGUGGAUCGCUCUGUGAGUGGUCUUGUGGCCCAACAGCAGUGUGUCGGGCCCCUGCAGACUCCUCUGGCUGAUGUGGCUGUUGUGGCACUGAGCCACCAGGAGCUCACAGGGGCCGCCACAGCCCUGGGAGAACAGCCAGUCAAGAGCUUGUUGGAUUCCAAGGUUGCCGCCAGGCUAGCUGUGUCUGAAGCCCUCACCAACCUGGUGUUUGCUCUGGUGACUGACCUCCGAGAUGUGAAGUGCAGUGGGAACUGGAUGUGGGCAGCCAAGCUCCCGGGAGAGGGUGCAGCUCUGGCUGAUGCCUGUGAGGCCAUGGUGACAGUGAUGGCGGCACUGGGUGUGGCAGUGGACGGCGGCAAGGAUUCCCUCAGCAUGGCCGCCCGGGUUGGCACUGAGACCGUCCGGGCUCCUGGGUCGCUGGUCAUUUCAGCCUACGCUGUCUGUCCAGACAUCACAGCCACUGUGACCCCAGACCUCAAGCAUCCUGGAGGGAAAGGUCACCUGCUCUAUGUGCCUCUGAGCCCUGGACAGCACCGGCUGGGAGGCACAGCCCUGGCUCAGUGUUUCUCCCAACUUGGGGAGCACCCUCCUGACCUAGACCUUCCCGAGAACCUCGUGCGUGCCUUCCGUAUCACACAGGGCCUGCUGAAAGACCGCCUUCUUUGCUCAGGCCAUGAUGUCAGCGAUGGAGGGCUUGUCACCUGCCUGCUAGAGAUGGCCUUUGCUGGGAAUUGUGGGAUAGAGGUGGAUGUGUCUGCCCCCGGGAUUGACGCGCUGCCUGUACUGUUUGCGGAGGAGCCAGGCCUGGUGUUGGAGGUACAGGAAGCAGAUGUAGCCAGAGUAUUGCUGCGGUACCAGGGUGCUGGCCUACAGUGUCUGGAACUGGGCCACACAGGCGAGGCUGGACCCCACGCCAUGGUCCAAGUGUCCGUGAAUGGCACUGUAGUUGUAGAGGAGCCCGUUGGGCAGUUGAGAGCCCUCUGGGAAGAAACCAGUUUCCAGCUGGAGCUGCUGCAAGCGGAGCCACGCUGUGUGGAAGAAGAGAAACGGGGCCUAAAGGAGCGGACAGGACCCCGCUACUACCUGCCACCCACCUUUCCUACUGCCUCUGUGCCCUGUAAACCUGGUGGUCCCGUCCCCCGAGUCGCCAUUUUGCGAGAGGAGGGCAGUAAUGGAGACCGAGAAAUGGCUGACGCCUUUCACUUGGCUGGGUUUGAGGUGUGGGAUGUCACCAUGCAGGAUCUCUGCUCUGGGGCCAUCGGGCUGGACACCUUCCGCGGUGUGGCCUUUGUGGGUGGCUUCAGCUAUGCAGAUGUGCUGGGCUCUGCCAAAGGGUGGGCAGCUGCAGUGACCUUUAAUCCACGAGCCAGGGCAGAGCUGGGACGCUUCCGCAGGCGGCCCGACACCUUCAGCCUGGGAGUGUGUAAUGGCUGUCAGUUGCUGGCCCUUUUGGGCUGGGUAGGAGGUGACCCCAAUGAAGAGCAAGAUGAGUCAGGCCAUGAUUCGCAACCGACAAAGCCAGGCCUCCUGCUCCGCCACAAUCUCUCUGGGCGGUUUGAGUCCCGAUGGGCCACCGUGCGUGUGGAGCCUGGGCCAGCCCUGAUGCUUCGCGGGAUGGAAGGCUCUGUGCUUCCUGUGUGGAGCGCUCACGGGGAAGGUUACAUGGCAUUUUCUUCUCCUGAACUGCGAGCCAAGAUUGAGGCCAGGGGCUUGGUACCGCUGCACUGGGCAGAUGAUGAUGGGAACCCCACAGAACAGUACCCCUUGAACCCCAAUGGAUCUCCAGGGGGCAUAGCUGGCAUCUGCUCCCAAGAUGGUCGCCAUCUGGCGCUCAUGCCACACCCUGAGCGGGCUGUGAGGCCUUGGCAGUGGGCUUGGCGACCCUCUCCCUUUGAUGCUCUUGCAACCUCUCCUUGGCAGCAACUCUUUGUGAAUGCUUGGAACUGGACACAGGAGGACAGGUGCUAAGGAGGCUGCGUGACCACACUGGCCCACAGCUCAUCCUUUGAGUCCGCUGCCCCCUUUUUCCCAUUGCCUUCAGGAGUACCCACAUGAUUCCCAGAAGCAUCUUGUACGGACAAGAGCCAAAGUGCUAGGAGUACCUCAGCUGCAUUGCUCACUUUAUUUAUUUUUGUUUGUUUUUGUUUUUGUUUUUCAAGACAGGGUUUCUCUGUGUUGCUUGGGAGUCCGGCCUGGAACUAGCUCUUGUAGACCAGGCUGGCCUCGAACUCACAGAGAUUCGCCUUGCUCUGCCUCCCGAGUGCUGGGAUUAAAGGCUUGUGCCACCCGCCCGGCUGCCUCGUUCAUUUUGGCCUUGCCCUUGAAAGAGCUGCUCUCACGUGAGUCUCCAGCAAACAGCGGCUCUAGGGACAGCUGACAGAGUACGGGGGUAGGCAGAGUUCUGCAGACACUUCUUCCUGUGAUCAUCACCUUGUCCUUUGUUCUCUUGUUUGGAGCUCUGAACAAGGCUUUCUGUCCCCUUUUCUUUCUUUGGCAUUUUGAGACAAACUUUUUUUUCCCCUUCUUUUUCAAGACAGGAUUUCUCUGUGUAGUUUUGAUGCCUGUCCUGGAAUUAGCUCUUGUAGACCAGGCUGGCCUUGAACUCAAGAGAUCCACCUGCCUCUGCCUCCUGAGUGCUGGGAUUAAAGGCAUGCCCCACCACCACCUGUCUGAGACAGACUCUCAGGCUGUAGCACAUGCUGGCCCUAAACUCAAGAUCCCCUAGCUUCAGCCUCUCCGGUGAGUGGCUCUGUGCUUGGCCCUGGUUUGGGGUCAUGGUUUAAUGUACCAGCCCCUCCCCAACCUCAAGAGCAGAUUCCUGGAUUCCUUUUAAGACAUGCUCUGCUAGCUGUGAGGAAUUGUUGCUUCUGGCCACGCUUACAGUUGACCUGUGCUGCCUCCGAUCACAUCCCUGGUUGUUAUUCUCCUAAUUUAGCAGGCACCUCCCUUCCUACUGGAGUACCACCAGCUGUCAUUCAUUCUUCUUGUUACUUGAUCAGGGAUGGUGCCAAGCACUGGUACUGCCCCAAUGGAGUUUGUAGUCAUAAUAGGAUUUAAAUAAUAGCGGCUUAGCUUGUACCGCAAAGCUAAGUCAGUGCUGGCUAAUUUAUGUAUCUGAAUUCUCAUAAAAAUUAAGAAAGGUACUUGAGGCAUUUUCCAGUUAGCAGAGGAAAGUUUAAUGAUAAACUGCCUUUGAUUGGUCACAACUUGAAAGGGACAGCAAGGGGCCAUGCCCAGCCAGUUUCAUCUGCUUCUGAUCAUCCUGUGGUCACAGGUCACAUUUCCUGGAAGCAGCUGUUCUUGUUGACAGCCAUCUCCCAUCAUUCCCUGCUUUGUUCCCUCAAUAAAUGUAUUCAGAAGCCACUUGUCCACUGGAGUCAAGUGGUCUAUGACAUUCUCUAUCAUGAUUAAAGGGGUUUCCCUAUAAAAACAUGGAUUUUGGAUUUUUCUAA